AUGUGCGUCGACACCACCGUAGAGCUACCUGACGGUGGCGAGGUGUGCAACAUUGCCUUCAGCGCUGAUUGUUUUACCCUCGCAACAGGGCUUAGGACUGGCAGGGUGCUGCUGUGGGACUUGCGAAAGAUGUCCGGGCCGCUUCAUGAGAUACCAUCACCAACGUCAAUCAGCACCAACAACACAACAUCAACGGGCCCCAGGGAGAGUCCUGUCGUCGCCUUCGACGGCUACGGCAAGUACCUGGCGGUGGCAGGGAGGGACAUCCGUCUGUUCAAUUGGGCUGUGGAGCCUCAGCAGCCGCUGUGUACGUUGAGCUCACACGUGCAGCCGGUUACCAGCGUCUGCUGGGGCGAGAACGCGCUGUCCCUCAUCAGCUGCUCGACGGACAGGACGGUGAAGUUGUACGGCUCAGCGUGA